GCCAGCCAAUCGCGCGGGGCUUGUGCCUGUGCGCUGGGGUUUUGCAGCGGGGGGGCGGGGGGUGUCUUUGCUGACACGUCCGCGGACGGGAUCGGGGUGCAUCGCCGGGAUCGCCCCUCCCCUUUGGAAAGGGAUCGGCGCUGCACCUGCUCAGGGGCAGGGGGGAGCGAUCGGGCUGGAAGGGCCCCCCCCCUCCCCCGCACCCAGGAUCCAGCAAGAACCUGGGGAUCCCCUGCCCCCCUCCCUUGAAGCAGCACCGUCUCUGAGCAGAAACCCUGACGCCCCUGCGCCGUCAUGUCGACCAUCAAUCCAGAGUACGACUACUUGUUCAAACUCCUCCUGAUCGGGGACUCCGGGGUCGGCAAAUCUUGUCUCCUGCUGCGCUUCGCGGACGACAAUUACACUGACAGCUACAUCAGUACCAUUGGGGUGGACUUCAAGAUCCGGACCAUUGAGCUGGAGGGGAAAACUAUCAAACUCCAGAUAUGGGACACAGCCGGCCAGGAGCGCUUCCGGACGAUCACGUCCAGUUACUACAGAGGUGCCCACGGUAUCAUCAUUGUGUAUGAUGUAACGGACCAGGACUCGUUCAGCAACAUGCACCUGUGGCUGGAGGAGAUCGGCCGCUACGCCAGCGAGAACGUCAACAAGCUGAUCGUGGGCAACAAGAACGACCUGACCUGCAAGAAGGUGGUGGAUUACACCACGGCCAAGGAGUACGCGGACGCACUGGACGUGCCGUUCCUGGAGACCAGCGCCAAGACCGCCACCAACGUGGAGCAGGCCUUCGUCACCAUGGCGGCCGAGAUCAAGAACCGGGUGGGCAGCGGCCUCCCCCACAGCGACAGCCGCCAGCCCAACCCCCGCAUCCAGAGUGCCCCCCUGCGGCAGGGCCGAGCCGGCGCAGGGGAGGGCGGCGACGGAGGUGCUGGCUGCUGUUAGGGAGGGGGUUUACCCCCCACCACCACCACCACCUACCCCGUGGUGGGGAGCUUCUCCGUGUCUGGGACUACGGCUGGGGGCCAGGACUGCUGGGCGGGGGGGGGGCCCUUUGCAGCACCCUAUUUAUCUGCAAUAGAUUUUUACAGGCUGCGAUCCAGCUCCCCUUAUCCCCCUCCAACCCCGUGGGUGCACCCUCCCCCUUCGCUAGCCCAGAGACACUCAGGGCCGGCUACUGAUCCGGGCUCCUGGCUGGCCGUGCUACUCCAAGAUCCAUCCUCCCCUCCCCCCGUCAUUCCCGACUCCCCGCUGCAUGGCCGUACAGCCAGCCCUGCUCUGCACCCUUCAGGCCUCUGGAAGGGCACAAGCUGCUCCGAACGGAGCCGGGCCCGGGAAGGAGUCCCCCGAAUUGCGGAGGCCGCGCGGCGCCUUCCUGCGUGGAGGAGGAAGUGGCUUCUCGUUAAGGGGACCCAGCCACAGACCGAGCAGCGAGGAACUGUGCUGUGAGGCCCAGGACAAAAGCGGAAAGCGCCGUAGUUUGCUUCCCCUCUUAACGCAGCCUCGUGGGAGUCUGGUGCCAAAUUAGCGUCUUUUCCAUGCCCAAACGUGAAUGCUUGAAUUUCUCCCCCUGCGGCUCCAGACUGAAGAGUGGCUUGAAAAUUCAAAGCUUGCGUGGAAAGGCGACUCGAGCCGGGUCUCUAAGGCGAUUUCUGACAGCAGGGGCCUUGUUAAUCCAGAGUGCGAUCCCGUGGCCGGGCGGAGUGAGCUGGAAAUCGGGGUGCAGGUUUUUAACACCAUGGGUGUUUAAUCCAGAGUGCGAUCCCGUGGCUGGGCGGAGUGAGCUGGAAAUCGGGGUGCAGGUUUUUAACACCAUGGGUGUUUAAUCCAGAGUGCGAUCCCGUGGCUGGGCGGAGUCAGCUGGAAAUCGGGGUGCAGGUUUUUAACACCAUGGAUGUUUAAUCCAGAGUGCGAUCCCGUGGCUGGGCGGAGUCAGCUGGAAAUCGGGGUGCAGGUUUUUAACACCAUGGGUGUUUAAUCCAGAGUGCGAUCCCGUGGCUGGGCGGAGUCAGCUGGAAAUCGGGGUGCAGGUUUUUAACACCAUGGGUGGUGAGCCAUUGGAAGAGCUCUCUCAGAGCCGGGCCGGGUUCUCCAUCUCUCUGGCGUCUCAGCAAGAUUGUAUGCCUCAUUCUCGAGCCGAGGUAGCUCCACCACCAGCUAGGGGCUGAAUGCUGGAAUUAUGGUGUGUGAGGCACCGGUCCGGGUUACACAGGAGGUCCUAUGGGAUGAGCAGAAUGGGUCCUUCAAAACUUACGCGAACGGGGAGCUUUUUGGCUGGAAAGAUUCGAAGGAGGGUCAAAUUUCAAUCCUGCCUCCCUGGCAGAAUUCCCCCCCCCCCCCCUUUGCUCCCAACUGAGGUUUUUAAAAGCUGCCUCCAGCCCAUGGGGGGGGGGAGAGUUUGGCAAGAUCCCUCCCCACUGAGUGUGGCCAUGGAGGGACGAGGACCUUGCCGGGUGAAUUGGCUCUAGUGUGUUCUGUGCUGGACGGUCCCUGUCCUGAGGGGUGGGGGAUUUGAAGGGAUGGGUGUUUGAUGGGGUCUUGGGGGGGUGGGGGGGUUGAAAUGGCAGCUGGGUUAAUAGACUUGCUGGAAAAUUUGCCCUCGGUAUUUAUCUUAUUGCCUUUGAAAUACAGUUAACUCUCUAAACAGCAGCUUGUCUGCCAGGGCUUGACUGGCAGCAGCCACCGCUGGCGGUAGGCCGUGGGGCCCAGAAAUGGCACGUGCCGGCAGGGGACGGCAGUUUAUUCCUGCUAUUUAACACCGCUGAGAUUUUUAGGGCUUGCCGGUGCCCUACGAAUUAAAGGCUCCACCUACAAUGGAUUCCUAGAGCUUUGCAUCCGUCCAGCUCAAAGCACCUUGCAAAGCAGAGCCCCAGCCGUAGCUCCAUUUACAGGUGGGGAAACUGAGGCACGGAGCAGGGAAGUGGCUCGCUCAUGGGCCCCCAGCAGGCCCAGGGGUUGUGCUAGGAAUAGGAUUCGGGUGGCCAGUGCUCUAACCCCUCGGCCAUGCUCCCUCCUGCCUGCAUCAUAUUCCCCAGCCAGCAGGCCCCAGCUACCUCCCUGGGGCUCUUGCUUUUCUUAAGGCCAGCCUGAAGUGACUCGAAGAACCGCUGGCAGCUUUGGAGCAGAAGGAAAGGUUAAACGAAACGGGCCAGUCACGCGAGUCGUUCACAGCUGAGGAACGGGACGUAGGACAGGCACGGGAAGCCAAAAAAUCUCACAGAGACACAGGCGUGGGGGACCAGGUGACC